AUGUCGUUUCCUAAACACAACGGCGGUGAGCAGCACCGACGAGCCGCAGCGAGUAUGAACGUGACCAGGAAGCCGAGAACUGACCAAUCAACGUGUUUUCGCCUUAUCCACCUGGAAUUCCAUGAUAGUGUCACAAACAACAACUAUCACAGAAAGAGAUCGCGCGCAAAAGAGGAAAUCAGAGGAAUGGCCCUAAGCACACCGGGUCUUGGCUGCGCAGUCUACCUCCAUGACAAUUAUACGGUGUCGGUUUUCAGCCGCGUUGGCUUUACAUUGUGUACCUGCGCGCGACCGCGAGAGGGAUCGGACCGCUUUAGCUACGACAGUCCGCCUCUUGCCACUGUACUAGCCGAUCAAGGCGAGUCGGACGCGCUCGGGGACGUCGAGGGCCCGGCCGCCAGGAGCCUGCCAGGGGUCGGUCUCGGCCGAUUGACUACCCCAGGCGGGGCCAUGGAUGUCAAGUACCUACUUCCUCCGGUCAUGGAUGUCGUCCCCCACAAUAUCGACAUCAACUGCAUUUGUCGGUUCAGUAAGUUGUCCAGCGCCAAUGACGCACAUGACGUUGAUGCUGGCUGCAUGGUGCUGUUGCCUCUGCCGGCAUCGCGAUGGUGCCAGCACGAAGCGAAGCACGGCAGUGUCAGCAAGAUUGAUUACAACAGCCCGGCCGGCCCUCAGAUCGACGGCCCGCGUCUCUCGUCACCAAGCAAGCGAACGCAGCAUUUCAGUGUGCAAACAAUUGGCCGGCAGGGCUGGUUUAGCAUGCCAGCAAGUCAACAGCGGCCAUAUGACCCGUUGCUCUACGAUGUCAAAUGUCGGUGUGAUGCAUCCCUCUGA